UUUUGCAAACCCUUUUUAUCCUGUAUAUAUAAUCACCACAAGUGCAACUCUUCUCUUACAUUGCAUUGCAUACGUUUCUUCAUUUCUCUUCCUUUCAUUCUCUCUCCCUCCAACAUGGCAGCGCUAGAGUACCAAGCUAAUACUAAAACAAACAGCGCCACUGCACGUUUAAAGCUCUUCGGCUUCAACGUCUCAGAAGAUGACGAUGUUUCGGAAUCCAACACCACCACAACCAAAGCUCCAUCAUCAGGGUCCCUAGAGCCAGGCGGCUUCCCUGCUCCUGGUGACCGCAAAUACGAGUGUCAGUAUUGUUGCCGUGAGUUUGCCAACUCUCAAGCCUUGGGUGGUCACCAAAACGCUCAUAAAAGGGAAAGACAACAGUUAAAGCGUGCUCAGCUUCAAGCCACUCGAAGCGCAGCUGUUUCUUUUGCUAGAAAUCCUAUGAUCUCUGCUUUUGCUCCUCCGACGCAUCUCUUAGCGUCAGCUACGCCAGUUGUGGUCCCAGCUGCGGCGGGGCCUUCGUGGGUUUACUUGCCACGAGGAGGGCCACCGCCUUUCCACGUCUCACAUGGUUGUGUGAUUCCCACAGCUGGUGGUGGUGGUGGUGGAAUGGGGACAGGGCCAGCGGUGGUACCUUAUGGUGGUGGUUUAGUAGAUACAGGCAUGGGAGUUGGCCCGCAAAUGAUGCAAGGCAGGGCCCACCAUGGACGUUCAGUUGAUGGGUCCUCAUUGAGUAGGUUUUCAAAGGGAGAUGGGGGUCCUAGUUUUGAUGAUUCAUUGGGCUUGGAUUUGCAUCUUAGUCUUGCUCCGGCCGGGCCUUGACUCGGGCUUUGGUGUUGGGAUGAUUGUACAUUUUCAAAAUUUUUAUUUAUUUAUUUGUUUCACUUGCACAUACUUUUCCCCCUUUUUUUUGAGUUAUAAUUCAGUUAAUUUUCCUCACCAAUUUCAAUAUUGUAUUUUAAGAUCUAAAUUUA